GUUUUGCGACGGAGCGGCAUCAUCAUCAGUCAACGAUCUACUCACCCACUCACUUUCACAGUGUCUUCCUCGUUCGAAACCCCAUCCACCGUGGGUUCUGUAAGAGCUCCCUUGUUUUGUUUAUUAAUGGAUGGUUCCUACCAAUAAUAAAAAGCUUUGCUCUACCACUGAUUGCAGUGCCGCUUCAUUCUUCGCUUCUCAUCCCCAGGCUGCCAUUAUCGGCAUCACACGCAAAGCGAUACGUCAAUACCUCGCUGGAUUGAUCGGAACCAAUCCAAGGCUUUCGCAACCUUUCUUAUCACUAAAAAAAACUUUGCCAUAGCUGGAGCCAUACCAAAUCUUCAAAUACCAAUAUUCUCCUUUAGUCAUCAACGACAUGUCGUUGUCGUCUUACCCUUCCCGCCAUACCGUUUCGAGAGCUGUCAGGCACCCUCUAUCUCCUACAUCCCCUUCACGUACCCAUCACCAGCUUCACACCGAUACCGCAAGGGCACAGCCCACAUCUACCUACGGUUCUUCUGCACAAUGCAGAGCAAGUACCAAAGAUCCUCUCGAGACCGAUCCAAUGCUCCCCUCCCUUCCUGCAGCGCACAUCUGUUCUGCCAUUCUUGUCCCUUGCACCAAUCCCAUUGGCACUAUGACCCAACGUGACCAAGGAGUAGGGGUAAACCAGGCGGACCAGCCGACGACCGAAUCGCCCGCCCCACCUGCGCCUCCACCCAAAACCCCUUCCUCUCCUCUCCCGUUCUCCAAGAGACUCUUCCAUGCCCUCGUACAUAAGCCGACGUUAAGUAGGACGUGGGAGAAGAAAACAUUUGUGGAUGAACAGAAGAGUGCGCCUGCUAUUAUCGGAGGAGGCGGCGGAAGUCUUGAACGGGGUGAUGAUUUGGAUGGUUUGGCUUCUGCCCUCUCUGCAAGGUCCAGACCAGUGUCGCUCUACGCUUCUCCAGCAGAGAUUGCAGCGUUCAAGCCUUUGCCGCUUAUGAUGGACGAGAGAGAUGUCCAAGGACAUACACAAAUGACGCAAGUUGGAAUGUCCGGUAUAGCUCCCAAGGAUAUGGGCAGCGUGAGGGCAUAAUCAUGAAUUUUUAGUCUUGGCCAUCUGUUUGUUCGUUUAUUAUCUCUGGUUCUGAAACAUUAUUAUAUUUUUUAGCGUUUUUGCAACUGGCUUUCGGUUUGAUUCUUACAGUUCAC